CCCAUUUCACACACAUAUAUAUAUCUCCAAUAUCUUCUUCCUUAUAACUCACCAUCUCCUCAUCAAUCCCACUCCAAGUGUCCACUCAUCUUCACUUGUAAAUUUGAAUGAUCCAUUUGCCACUUCAUCAUCACCUUACCACCUGGCCUAGUUCACUUGGACAAUUUCAUAAGAGUUUUCAAAUUCCUUGUUCUUCAUGCUUUUGCCAAAAUAGCAACACUAAAUCUUAUCCUGCAUAUUCUCUUUCCAAAUUAGUCCUAUAAUCUCUUGCAAUCCUCAAUUAAUCAGCAAGACUUUGCCCAAGGUUUCAGCAGCAACUCAAAAUUGCUAUUAGUUAUUUCAUCUUCACAAAAUGGAAGAGAACAUGAAGUGUGAACAAGUUGGUUUGAUUGGUGAGCUAAUGCAAGGGAAGGAGCUAACAAAGCAGCUUUGUGACCAUCUGAUUUCAUCAUCAUCAUCAUCCAAUGUAACUAAUGAAGUCUUAAUUGAGAAAAUACUUUUCUCCUAUGAGAAAGCACUCACCAUGCUGAACUGGAAGGCUAAUGUGGAGGACAGUAAGAUGAGCAAUGGUACCAUGAUGGAUUCUCAUUGUUCUUAUGAUGGGAGCCCCAGAAGUGAGGUCCUGGACCCAGAGGUUAAGCACAAAAAUGUUUUCAAGAAAAGAAAGACCAUGCCUAAGUGGACAAGCCAAGUGAGGGUUUGCUCAGGAACAGCUAUUGAGGGGUCUCUGGAUGAUGGUUAUAGCUGGAGAAAAUAUGGACAGAAGGAUAUUCUUGGAGCUAAGUUUCCAAGAGGAUAUUACAGAUGCACUCACAGAAAUGUGCAAGGGUGUCAGGCUACUAAGCAAGUGCAAAAGUCAGAUAAAGACCCAACUAUGUAUGAGAUAAACUACAGAGGAAAACACACUUGCACCCAAGCUAGUCAUGCAAACAAGGCAUCCCCAUCAACAAAAGUAAAGGUGGGCUUGGGAGAAAAUAAGCACCAUAUUCUAACCCAUCAAAAGAACCAACCACAACAAGAGAAAACAGAACAAACCCAAGAGAGAGUUUUGUCUUUUGGAUCAGAACUUGAACUCAAAAUUGAGGACUUGGACUACAAGGAGGACACAUUCCCAUCAUUUUGCUUUUCUUCUCCAUCAAUAGGAUCUGAACAAGAGGACAACAACAUAUUCUCUGAAAACAAUUUCAUUGAAAGCUUUUCUCCUCCAUACAUAUCUCCUGCUACAUCAGAACUAGUCUUGCAUACCUCAGAUUUUGAUGUCACAGAGAUUAUUUCAACCCCAACCUCAGUUACCAAUUAUGAAAUGAUAGAUUUAGAUCUCUUCCUUGACAACAUGGAUUUCGACACGGUUUUCCCAAUCAACACCACAGAACUUUGCUCUUGAUAUCAAUUGUCCCACUUCCAAGUUAACCGUUAUGCUAAGAUAUCUGUUGGCAUCGCUGCAAACCACGUCAUUGCGCUCAAGUGGUAUCCAAACACAAUACAUGGUUCAAGUGCGUGCGGAUUGAUUGGUGAUUUUUGUAGAUCCUGACUAGCAACAUAAAAGAGGAAGGAAAACUAUAGUAAUCAUAUAUACAAAUACAGUGGAACUUCCCUCUCAUGCUAGUUAAGAGAGUUUUCUGGUGCCUAUCAUGUAAUUUGAAAAUGAUUUGUAAGUUGUAUGUAGGUGUAUAGUGUUUUGAGGUUUCUCAAUUUAGUUGUAACAUAGUUACUUGUUUUCUGUCUUCUUCUGGCUCAAGCAAUAGCAAGAGAUUGUGAAAUUAGUGAGUUUUUACCA